AUGGUUACCUGGUAUCGACAGGCAGAUCCAACGGCCAAUAUCCAGCAAAUACUAUCCGUGAUGCGUCUUCAGAUUUUAGCCAGCGCUCUUGCGCUUAGCGGUUCAGCUGCCGCUUUCUCCGAUUCAUGGCCUCUUGUCAUGUUCUCUACAUCCAAGUUCUCCGAUGCGACCAGCAACAAUCAAAUCCAGACACGAUCUCAGGCCCUUGAGCAAGUCAAGGACCUUUUGGCUCCAUGUCCGACCGAUAACUAUGUACUGAUUGCUCAGGAAGGCGCCAACGCUGCCGACAUUCGACGAACGAACGCCAAGUCCAACCUUCACCAGGUCAUUGCGCGUAAGGAAAUUCAGGGCAAGUUCAUUGUCUCUGAGGUUGUUGGCGAAUCGAUCGAUGCGGACGCGAUCCAAGAUUAUAUUCAGACGGUGUGUUAUGAGCAGGCAAAGACGGUCGAGCCUCAUUUCACCGUUAUUAAGGCGGAAGACAACAAUGGUCGGUUCCAAAGAACUCACUGCACAAGACCGAACAUUAACAACUUUGCAGAAGCUACCGAGAAUUGGAUGUCGAAUGAGAAGUGGAUGAAGGAUUCAUACACUGUCCUGUUCGUUGGCACCCCUUCCACCCAGGCCAAGACCGCCUCUGCAUCGAAGAAGGCCGCUGGCUCCGAGAAGACAAUCUACGAGCCCGAAUUUAUCGAGCCUCUGCACAUGGACUUGAAGCGCGACGUUUCAGAAGGCUCAAAGGCUGGCAACGCUACUCGUGACACCCGUGGCUUGUUCGAGAAGUACCAGUUCUUCACUCCUGGUAUUUUCAUGGCCAUCAUCACUGCCAUUGUUUUGUUCUCUAUCCUUGGCGUUGGUCUCCGGGCACUGGCUAGUCUCGAGGUCUCCUACGGCUCCUUCGAGAAGGACAUGGGUCCUGCUGCCCAGAAGAAGCAGUAA